ACCAGUCGUCAGUGCAGAAAAGAGAAAAAAAAAAAAGAGAGUCGUCAGUGCAGUAAAGAAGUCGGCACUAGGAAUUUCUCAGAUCAUAUCCACUCUUAAACGCGUUGGAAAGUUAAAUCACCGAUAUCCAUAAAUUCCGUGACCAGCGGUGCAAUUAACGCAACCAACAUCGAUCACCUUCCCACUUCUUCCCUUUACUUUACUUUGACACACAGAACAGCAUCUGCAGGCAGCUAAAUGGGAAAGUAGCACAAGCAGCCAUUCCUUUAAUGGAGACUAAUAAACCAUUGAAAAGCAAAAAAUGGGCUCUUCCUCUCAUGUUCUCAAUUUCAAUCUCAUGUUGUCUUACCAUUGUUUCUGUUUUUAGUGCCAACCCUUUUGAGCAAAGAUCCAAGAACAUCAAAGAUGAAGUUCCAGUCUUUGUCGAAUCAAAGUUGCAUGUAGCUCCGACUCAGCCCUUUCCAAGAAUUCCAAGACUGGCUUAUUUGAUCUCUGGUUCUAGCGGUGAUGGUGAGAGCUUGAAGAGGACGCUCAUGGCCCUUUAUCACCCGUUGAAUCAGUAUGCGGUGCAUUUGGACCUCGAGGCUUCCGUUGAGGAGAGACUGGAGCUGGUGAAUUUUGUAAAGAAUGAAUCUUUAUUUGAGGAAGCUGGGAAUGUGAGGGUCAUUGUGAGAUCCAAUUUAGUGACUUAUAGAGGGCCUACUAUGGUUGCUAAUACCCUUCAUGCUGCUGCUAUUUUGUUGAAAGAAGGCGGAGAUUGGGACUGGUUUAUCAAUUUGAGUGCUUCAGAUUAUCCUCUGCUCACCCAAGAUGAUAUCCUUCACACUUUAUCUACUGUUCCUAGAGAACUUAAUUUUAUUGAGCACACAAGCGACAUUGGUUGGAAGGAGUAUCAAAGGGCGAAGCCUGUUAUAAUUGAUCCGGGACUCUAUAGCCUGAAAAAAUCAGAUGUCUUUUGGGUCACACAGAAAAGGAGCGUGCCUACAGCAUUCAAACUCUUUACUGGUUCUGCUUGGAUGAUGCUGUCUCGCCCUUUCAUUGAGUACUGCAUUUGGGGUUGGGAUAACCUACCUCGGAUAGUCUUAAUGUACUAUGCCAACUUUCUUUCUUCACCAGAGGGAUAUUUUCACACAGUGAUCUGUAAUGCAAAAGAGUUUCGAAAUACCACAGUGAAUCAUGACCUCCAUUUCAUAUCCUGGGACAACCCUCCAAAGCAGCACCCUCAUUUCCUCACAGACAAUGAUUACCAGAGAAUGGUAGACAGCAAUGCUCCUUUUGCCCGAAAAUUUGGCAGAGAUGUAGCUGUUCUUGGAAGGAUUGAUUCUGAGCUUUUGGGCCGUAAAGCAGAUGGCUUCGUCCCAGGCAGUUGGUUUGAUGGUGGGACAAAUAGAACUGAUCUUCGGUAUAUUAUUAGAAAUAUAACUACCCUUAGGCCUGGGCCUGGUGCAGAAAGAUUCAAAAAUCUGAUAAACAGUUUGUUAGCUGAUAAAGAUUUUGAUGUGAAGCAUUGCAUCUAGCCCCAGAACCAAGCAAAUCUUUGGAGAGUGCAUCGCCAUUGAAGUAAUUCAACGGCUGAUAAAAUUUCCUUGUUCUUCAAAUAAUGGGGUACAGCUUUUGAGACUGCUCAGAAGGUUAUAGGAAUUGACAUAGGUAGAGAGUCAUACAGUUUGGGAUGGUAAGCAUCCUUCCCUUAUCUUUCAACAUAUUAAUUUGUAGGUCAAAGAUAUAAACAGCUGCUUCUUUGUCUUGAUUGGUUAACAAAUGGGAGUACUGUAAUGUUCUUACGGGUGGAAUAACUCAUGAUCCUGAGUCCACUAGGACGCCAGAGCUUUGGACUUACUCAGAGACUUCCUGAACGGGUGGAGAAGAACACAGAAUGUGUGAAGAUACUGUUCGGAGAGCAUGGAUGGCUGGUGCAAGGUCUGGUCUACUGAAAGAUUCUUAUUCUUGAUAGUUCAUAAAGUGCCUGAACGCUUUGAAAAUGUUCUGCAGAUUGGUUCCGAUUGGCGACUGGGUCCCCAAAAGUUAAAAGAGUUCUUUAA